GGGGCCACUGGGCUGCAAGCUCUGCCCACUUACGUGUCCCGGGCGGGCGGAGGCGCGGAAGCGGGCCUGCCCCUUCUCCACAUGGUGCGGGACCUUGUGAAGCCUACGUCGGGGGGAGGUUUGGGCAGCCCCGCUUUGGUGCCCCCUGACUUCACCGAUGCUGGGCCAGCUUCCUGCUGAGAUGCCGAAGGUCAAGUCGGGGGCGAGCGUCCAUCGCCGCCAGCGGCAAGAACAGCGCCGGGAGCUCCAGAGCGCCGGAGGACUCACUUUCAACACGGGGAUUGGGCAGCACAUUUUGAAAAAUCCUCUCAUUGUUAACAGUAUUAUCGAUAAGGCUGCCUUAAGACCAACCGAUGUGGUGCUGGAAGUUGGACCUGGAACUGGUAACAUGACUGUAAAGUUAUUAGAAAAGGCAAAAAAGGUAGUUGCCUGUGAGCUUGACCCAAGACUAGUAGCUGAACUUCACAAAAGAGUUCAGGGCACGCCCCUAGCCAGCAAACUUCAGGUGAUGGUGGGUGAUGUGCUGAAAACGGAUUUGCCAUUUUUUGAUGCUUGUGUAGCAAACUUGCCUUAUCAGAUAUCAUCUCCUUUUGUCUUCAAACUGUUGCUGCACCGACCUUUCUUCAGAUGUGCUAUACUUAUGUUUCAAAGAGAAUUUGCUCUCAGACUAGUUGCAAAGCCUGGGGAUAAGUUAUACUGCAGACUGUCAAUUAAUACACAGCUGUUAGCUCGUGUGGACCAUCUAAUGAAAGUGGGAAAGAAUAACUUCAGACCACCACCUAAGGUAGAAUCCAGUGUUGUAAGAAUAGAACCUAAGAAUCCACCACCACCUAUCAAUUUUCAGGAAUGGGAUGGCCUAGUAAGGAUUACUUUCGUUAGGAAAAACAAGACACUAUCUGCAGCAUUCAAAUCAAGUGCAGUACAACAGCUACUGGAAAAAAACUACAGAAUUCACUGUUCCAUCCAUAAUAUUAUAAUACCAGAAGAUUUCAGCAUAGCAGAUAAAGUACAGCAAAUCCUAACCAGCACAAGUUUUAGUGACAAACGGGCCCGUUGUAUGGACAUGGAUGACUUUAUCAGAUUGCUGCAUGGAUUCAAUGCAGAAGGUAUCCAUUUUGCCUAGUUGUAGUACUUGGAAAACAGAAUUUUCAAAGUCAAGAAAAAAUGAAUUAUAUAUUUUAACUGAAAAGAUGAACUGUGCCUUUGCUGUACUGAGACAUUAUUUACUUGAGUAUUUCUGAUUUAAUACUACUCUUGUACUGUAUAUUACCCUUUAUUUUUAAGAUGGUCAGUUCUAUGUACCCAGGUUGUUUUGGUGUUGGCUUGAAUAGGACAGGGUUCAAUCUAUACAUAAUCUUCAAGUUCAAUAGCUGCAGAUACGCACAACCUUGCACUCAAACUUACCAUUUCUAACAGUUUAUUGUUUAUAGAUUUAUUGUUCUGUUUACUGUGUUGUAUACUUUAUGGGCCUAUUUAGGUCUUCACCUGUCCCUUAAGUAAAGUUAAAAUGUUCAGCUAGUCCCUUGUUCAACAUACCAUUUCUUCUUACUCACAUGUACAAUAAAACAAAUGUUUCUUAAAAUUUUA